AGGUGAAAAAAAUCCUCGAUACCGUGAAUAAUAAAAAUUAUAAAUUUUUGUACAACAGUAAGAAACUCAAGAUCCAAAAAGAAUAUAUGCAUAUAAAUUUGUUUUUCAAAUGCAGUUUUAUUUCAGUGAAUUAAAAUUUGACACAAACCAAACAGUGAACAUGUAAAAACUUGUGUUAGAUUCUGAGAAUUCUUAAUUUUUUUCGAACUUGACCAGAAACUUUAUUUGGAUAUAUUUUGAAUCUACUUAAAGAGAGAGUUUUGCUAAAUUAAGUUUAUUAAAUUGAAAAUUGUUUUGAGUUGUCAACAUGGGUGGUUGCAUAUCUAGAAAUGAUGAAACGAUCAGCAUAAAUGAAACAAAUUCUCGACCGCCAUCAGGUCCCACAAGUAGUACAAACAUAGGUUCACAGCGGAAAAACCACCCACUUUUCCAUGAAACUAUUCGUUGGAAAUCAGACGUGCCAUUAACAGAAGGACAGUUAAGAAGCAAACGUGAUGAGUUUUGGGAAACGGCUCCAGCAUUUGAUGGACGAAAAGAGAUUUGGGAUGCUCUGAGGGCGGCAACUGUUGCUGCUGAAGCAUUGGACUUUGAGUUAGCCCAAGCAAUUCUUGAUGGCGCAAAUAUUUUCCUUGCUAAUGGUUACCUCACAGAAUGUUAUGAUGAGCUUGGUUCUCAUUAUAAAAUUCCAAUUUACUGCCUCAGUCAGCCCAUGAACAUAGUUAAAGAAGACCAUGAUUUGGAAUCACCUGCUGAAUAUUCAGAACCUGUUGAUGGUGGCAGUGAAAUUCAACUUAAAUUACGACUAUCGUCAACAUUAAGUGAUGUGAAACUUUCUGUUUAUUCAAAGGACUCAGUUUUUGCUUGCAAGAAGAAAAUGCAGUUGCAAGAAGGAGUCGAUGCUUUUUCUCAGCGUUGGUUUUAUGGUGGAAAAUUACUUGGAGACAAGACAACUAUUGAAGAAGCAAAAGUUCAGCCCGGGUAUAUUAUUCAAGUUAUAAUCAAUACGGAGAAACAGAUCACCAGCUAGCCUACAGAAUUUAUGCUACAUGCUGAUCAAUUCAUAAAUGAAUGGAACCUACUGUUAAAAAAUGAAAAUGAUAACAAAAAGAAAAACAAAUCAUUAUUGGUGAUAAAUAGAAAGAAUUGAUAGCGGAUUCUACAAGCGGGUGAGAAUGCUUUUAGGAAAAUUAAUUAAAAAUCUUUGAAAGAAUUCAAAUGAAUCAAAAAGAUUGUUGGUUGUUUACCUAUUAAAAAAUAAAAUAAAUAUUAAGAAAGAAUUAUGAACUGCUAUAGAAUUUUCCGAGCCCCCAUUGGAUUAUAAAUAAAUAAAAGAAAAAUUAAACUUACCCAUGUUAAAAAACUAUGUUGACUCAAACAAAAAGCAAAAUGAACAAAUCAUUUGUAUACUUGCUUUCGUUGAAAACAAAAUAUUAUUUCUAUAAAAAAAGAGAACGAGGAAUAUUAAAUAAGAAAAUGUGUCAUAUAUUCGUAAAUGUUUAUCGAACAUAUCACAGAAUAUUUUGGAGAGCUUCAUAUUGCAUUAAAGUUUUAUAUUUUGAAGAGUUUCUCCUUACUUUUAUGUUUAAAGUUAUAUUAAGUUUGAUUUUAAGGGAACUUUUAAUUUUCCAAAUUUUUUCAUUAUCUGUUAUGGCAUAAACUAAGUAACUCAUUUUCUUCCCAUGACUUUCGAAUAAAUAAUUUUGGAAAAAUGAGAUAAUUAAUUUACCAAAUGUACUCUUUGAACAGAUAAUUAAAACUGUAACUCAUUGACAAUCACAAAGUAUCAAAAAAAAGAAAAAAAUUCUCACAACUUCGAACAAACUGAAAAAAUUCCAAAAGAAAUU